UCCCAGAUCAGCGCCGCGCCGCUGCCGAAGACGUUCCCGCGCACUUUCCGUCGAUCACCGUCAAGUUCGGGGAGAUUUGCUCCGCGCAGGAAGAGCGGCGAGAGAUGAACGUGUGGCGGAUUCGCUUUCUUUGCUUGGUGCUAUUGAACGCGGCUGCGGACUAUGUGACGUGUGUGGAGCAGAAGAUCAGCGAUUCUAUUCUGGGUAACCUUCUGCAUCCUCUCUCGGACCUGUUCCACAGUAAUGUAGAAGCCAAUCGGAGCGUGGCCAGAUUCUCCCUACGGAAGCCAGCGCACCCCGACGACGACCUGUGCUACAUCGUCCCGGGCGAACCCGAGUCGCUGACCCCCUGCUCCUUCAACAGCACCUCCAAAACCUUCCUCAUAAUCCAUGGAUGGACGCUGAGUGGUCUGUUUGAAAGCUGGGUGUCCAAACUGGUCUCAGCGCUGUAUGCGAGGGAGAACUCAGCCAAUGUCAUCGUAGUGGACUGGCUGGACUCGGCCCAGAACCACUACGUGUUUGCUGCCCAGAAGACCAAAGAGGUGGGCCAGGAGGUGGCUCGCUUCAUUGACUGGAUCCAGGAGACCAGCAACAUUCCUCAGGAGAACAUCCACCUAAUCGGCUACAGUCUCGGGGCUCAUGUGGCCGGAUUUGCGGGCAGCCAUGCCUCCAACAAAGUGGGCAGAAUAACAGGUCUGGAUCCAGCCGGUCCGGACUUUGAGGGCGAGCACGCUCACAGGCGUCUGUCCCCGGACGACGCUCACUUCGUAGACGUCCUUCACACCUUCACUCGAGGCUCUUUGGGGCUCAGCAUCGGGAUCCAGCAGCCUGUAGGACACGUUGACAUUUACCCAAACGGGGGCAGUUUUCAGCCAGGAUGCAACCUCCGGGGGGCGCUGCAGAAGAUCGCUAGCUUUGGCUUAUUUGCCAUCACAGACGCGGUCAAGUGCGAGCACGAGCGCUCGGUCCACCUCUUCAUCGACUCUCUGCUGAACGAGCGGGAAGCAGCCAAGGCGUAUCGCUGCAGCAGCAAUGACGUGUUUGACCGCGGCAUGUGCCUCAGCUGCCGCAAAAGCCGCUGCAACACCAUCGGCUAUGACAUCAGCAAGGUCCGAAGGGCCCGCAAUGUCCAGAUGUACACCAAAACAAGAGCCACCAUGCCGUUCAGAGUUUACCACUAUCAGCUGAAGAUCCACUUUUCCAGCAAAGUCAACCACUCGGAACUGGAGCCGUCGCUGACUGUCUCACUGUUGGGCACCAAAGGAGAAGCUGAGGACCUGCAGCUGAAGCUGGAGAAGAUAAGCAGCAACAGGACGCACUCUUUCCUGCUGGUGACUGAGAAGGACAUUGGAGAUCUCUUGAUGCUCAGGUUCAGGUGGGAGGACUCGAGCGGUUGGUCCGCUUCCAACAUGCUGGCCAUGGUGUCAUCCUGGUGGUCCGGAAACUUGGGAAGAGAUCAGAUGGAGGUGCACAAAAUCCACAUAAGGGCCGGAGAAACUCAGCAAAAGAUGGUGUUUUGUGUCAAAGACUCUUCGAGCUUAUCACAUGAGAUCACGUUUGUCAAAUGCAAGGAGUCCUGGAGGAUGAACACCAAACCUAAAAGAAUCACCCUGGAGAAGCACUGACCUUUAGCACUUGGUAACUAACAUGUCGACUCGGUAACUCCUGGAGAACCAAAAAGUGUCUAUUUAAAGUCUGUAUAUGAUCUCUGUAAUAUAUUUGUAAAAUAUCUUUUGGCCCUAACUCUGCUUAUGAAGCCUGAAAAGAAGGUUGGUAGCUGCUGUAUAUUCUACCAAGCACUCACCUUUAUUGAAGUGUUAAUGGCCUUGAAUCUACGACGGCUGAGGAACCUGCCUAGUGUUGCUCUGUUACACCUUUGCAGAUACAAGGUCAGCAUUUGUUGUGGUUCACAAAACUACACGUUCUUUCUGAAUGAAUGAGGUCAAAUUACAAAUAAUGUCUGUUCGCAGGAAUUGACAUGUAAUAUCAUGCAGCCAACUGCUUCAUGGCAUGUCAAAUCUAACGCCACUAGUAUAUUUACCAAAAACAAAUGUUCCCUAUUACAAGAAAUGGAACGUGACCCACCCUCAUGCAGGAAGGUUGCAGACUUGAAUCCAGCUGGUUUCCUCAGUCAAGACGCAUGAGGCUGUUGGUGUGAGUAACGGGGUAACACACCCCCAUGACCCUGUUCACGGACUAAUCCGUUCAACUUACUUGAACAUGGAAACAGUCUGGUUCUGAUUGAAAUGACUGAUGUUUCUGCAACAGAUCUGAGGACUCCACUCAGUGAUAGCAAGCUCAUGUUGUUUUCUCAGUGUGUAUUUUCACGUGCUGUGACUUUCAUCUGUGUAAAUACUUGUAUAUAUUUAAUAAACCAACUUUAUCACCAGUGUCGUCCUGAGUUCCCUCUUCUCAGUUAUCAUUUGUGUUUUGCAAGAUCAAGGUUGUGUUUUUGUCUAGCAAAAGUGGGAGUCACACAUACGGAGAAUAUCCUACUGUUAUCAGUGAUUUGGAACUGUAUACUGUAUGUAUUUCUUGUACUUUUACCUAUGUCUACAGGUUUGUGUAUUUGUGUCUGUGUUUGUGUUUAUGUAUGUAUCAGUUUUUGCCUGUGUGUGUGUAGCCUUAGCUCUGUGUUCAUCUCCAUGUGCUAUGGUGAGUGCGUAUGUCUUUGUGUUUUACCCAGUUGUUCAACUUUGUUGCUUAGUGUUUCGGUUGUGUUAUGUUUUUGUGGUCCUGUGACUGGCACUAUGUAUAACUGUAUAACUUGUCGUGCAAUUGUCUCAGUAUUUGCCACAAUACGUUUUUACUGUGUAUCUCUAUCUUUGUUUUGGUGUCCAUCUCCCCACGCACGUGUUUGGAUUUAUUUCUCUAUUUGUAUGAUGGUUGUCUCUUUGUGUAAUUUGUACCUGUUUUCGGUGUUUGUGUCCUUGUGUAUCCUAUAUGUUUUUGUCGAGUGCUUGUUUUACUCACCCUGUGUGUGUCCAUGUGCAUUUCUGUGGUUUCUCUCUCUGUCCAUGUUUGUAUUUGUGUGUUUAUUGUGAGCCAAAGUUACAAAGUGAUGCGUGUAUAUCCCAUAAUAAUCAUGUUAGUGGUCAAGUGGGAAUAUGUGGCGGACGAGGAGUGAGUAGUUUCUCAUCCAGUCUUACAAGACACCUGCACAUCAAUGUUAGAUCGACCCACUUGAAAAGGCAGUGGAUAUAUUUAUUUUCAUAUGAAUCACAAGAUGAAAAUCCAAUUCAAAACACAAACACCAGAACCAUCGAGGCUGAAGUUCAUGAUGGUCACCCAAGCUAGCUCCCCGCCUGAGCACCUUUAGCGCCUUCACACUUCCUAUCGAGGGCUGAAACCUGAAGCACUUUGGAGACAAAAUUAACCCUGGAGAAUAUAUAAAACUAAACAAGAACAAGUGUAUCCAGGUGAAAGUUCCUCACAGGGACACUGGCAUUACUGCGCCAGUCUAUGUGGCCUCUGGAGGCGCGGCUUUUUCCACAGACACUGUCCAGUUGAUGAAACACAGACAGGUGAUCCGCCUGAGGGCCAAGCAACAGAUGCACGGAGACACACGUGUGGAGUCCCUCUGCUGGUUGAAGUCCAAUAAUCAGUGGUCUUUAAUAAGACGACAGAAGGAGAUCAGUCCAAGGGAGUGGUGUCGAGGCUUCGACCGCACAGGCAGACGGUGCAGCCCAUCACAGCAGACAGAGCCAGGAUGGCCAGCAGGAUGGCCCACCAGUGCGCCUGUGGACCACAACCCAGGCAAGUUACUCUUCAGUGCAGCCACACCAAAUAGGAGUGGUGUCUGCUAGAGGUGCAGAAAUGUGGGUGUAGAUGACGCAGUUGUGUUAUA